UCCUCUCUCAUUGCUCAACUGCUCAGAUUCCAUCGCCAGUGUUCUUCCUUCUGUUAACGGUUACUUCCAAAUUUCUGCAACAUCCUCUUUCGUUUCAUCGAACGAAUUACACCCACCACCAUUACAACAAUAUACAUACACUAUACUUACAGUCUCCACCUUAAUUCAUCAUCUACAUCUCAAACCACCAUCGAAUAAAUCCCCAACCAGAAAUCAGAAAACCCACACAAAAAAAAGCAAAAAUAUAUUUCACCAAAAUGAAGAAGCAGAAGCAACAGUUGGUCACUGAAUCAAGCUUCAGCCGCUUCGAUCUCCUCUGCGAGGAGAUAGUUUUCGCCAUCCUUGACUUUCUCGAAGAAAACCCACUCGAUAAAAAGUCCUUCUCUCUAGUUUGCAGGUCAUUCCACGCCGUCGAGUCCCGUCACCGGAAAUUACUGAAACCCCUCCAUUCGGAGCACCUGACAAAGGUUUUGCACAGAUACCCUUCCGUCUCGAAUCUGGACCUUUCGUUGUGCCCGAGGGUAACGGACGUUUCGCUCUCCGUUAUCUCUGUUGGUUGCAAGGAAAUGUUGAGGUCGAUUAAUCUUUCUAGGUCCAGGUUUUUUUCUCAUGUUGGGUUGUCGGAUUUGGCCUCAAACUGCCGGAAUUUGGUCGAGAUUGAUCUGUCGAAUGCUACGGAGCUCAAGGAUUUGGGGGCGGCCGCCAUAGCCGAGGCGAAGAACUUGGAGAGGCUGUGGUUGGUUAGGUGUAAAUCGAUCACGGAUAUCGGGAUCGGUUGUAUUGCUGUGGGUUGUCGGAAAUUGAGGCUUCUCAGCUUGAAAUGGUGUUUGGGUGUCGGUGAUCUCGGUGUGGGGUUGAUUGCUAUCAAGUGCAAGGAUAUUCGCAGUUUGGAUCUCUCUCACUUGCCGAUCACCGACAAAUGCUUAUCACAAAUCUUGGAGCUGCAACACCUUGAAGAUUUGUCUCUCGAAGGUUGUUUUGGUAUCGAUGAUGACAGCUUCGCUGCUCUCAAACUAGGAUGCAAGUCAUUGGAGACACUCGAUAUGUCAAGCUGUCAGAACGUAAGCCACGUGGGUUUGUCUUCUUUAACCACUGCAGCUGGAUGUCUUCGCCAACUCAUCUUAUCAUACGGUUCUUGUGUGGAUCUUGCUCUAGCCGAUAGUUUACAAAAGCUUUAUAUGCUGCAAUCUAUAAAACUAGACGGGUGUGAGGUCACAUGUUCGGGGCUCAAAGCCAUCGGAAACUGGUGUGUGUCUCUUAGGGAACUGAGCUUAAGCAAGUGUGUGGGAGUUACAGAUGAAGGGCUUUCGUUUCUCGUUACUAAACAUAAAGAAUUGAGGAAAUUAGACGUCACUUGUUGUCGUAAAAUAAGUCACGUUUCGCUUGCCCACAUAACAAAUUCUUGUACGUCACUAAUUUCCCUCAAGAUGGAAUCGUGUAGUUCGAUUUCAGCCGAAGCUUUUGUUUUCAUUGGGCAGAGAUGCCACUUUCUUGAGGAACUUGACCUAACCGAUAACGAAAUAGAUGACGAAGGUCUGAAAUCCAUUUCGAGAUGCACAAAACUCUCUAGCUUAAAAUUGGGGAUCUGUUUGAAUAUAAGUGGCGAGGGGCUAAUUCACAUUGGCGUUUGCCUUUCGAAGCUCAAAGAGAUAGACUUAUACAGAUCAGCUGGAAUAACAGACUCGAGUAUUUGGGCAAUUGCUCGCGGGUGCCCUGGCCUUGAAAUGAUCAACAUAGCCUACUGCAAAUUCAUUUCCGACCACUCGCUGAUGUCAUUGUCAACAUGUUCGAAGUUGAAGAUAAUCGAAAGUCGAGGGUGCCCUCUUAUUACAUCUUUAGGUCUAGCAGCUAUUGCGAAAGGGUGCCGGCAAAUAGUUAAAUUAGACAUUAAAAAAUGUCACAAUAUUGAUGAUGCUGGAAUGAUUCCUCUUGCACACUUCUCUCAAAACCUAAAACAGAUAAAUUUGUCGUAUACGUCUGUGACGGAAGUAGGGCUGUUAUCACUUGCGAGUAUAAGCUGUUUACAGAGCAUGACCGUGCUUCAUGUGAAGGGGUUGACACCCGGCGGAGUGGCGGCGGCACUUUUAACGUGUAGUGGAUUAAGUAAAGUGAAGCUUCAUGCUUCGUUUAAGUCGGUUUUGCCGCAGCUCCUUUUCCAACAUUUGGAGGCGCGUGGAUGUAAUUUUCAGUGGAGAGACAAAACAUUUCAGGCUGAAUUAGAUCCCAUGUGUUGGAAACUACAGUUGGGGGAUGAAGAUUAAAAAGGUGAUUAAAGUUUUGAGCUAAUUUGCAUGUAAUUUGUAUUGAAGUUUUAAGUCAAUAAUUGUAAAUUAUAUUAUGGUCUUUAUAUAAAUGAAAGUGAGUUUUAAUCACUUGGA